UUGUAUUGAAAACAUAUUAAUAAUCUGUGAUUGAAAAGCAAACAUGGAAGAUCAAGGCAAGGUUUUAAAAUAUUUAGUAUCAGUAGAAAAGUUAGCCGAGGAAAUAAUUAGCGACAAACGUGAAAUAGUAAUGCUAGAUAAAAGAAGAAAUCAAAACAGAGAAGCGUUACGCGAUCUUACUAAAAAUGAACAAAAGAAAUGCUGGGUGACAGUCGGUUCAGUGCUGGUGAAACACAAUUUGGAAGACGCUAAAAACUUGUUAGAAGCAGAUCAAAAACAAAUUAAUAUAGACAUAAAUAAACUUCGAAGUAAUCUUAAGAUUAAAGUGAACAAUUUGCGAGACUUGGAAAUGCAGCCGCCCGUUCCUGGUUUAAUGCUAGUACCUAUGUCUCAAAGAGAAACAGAAUAUUUUUCUAAAUCUGGAGUAUUUUAAUAAUUUAACAAUGAAGUUUUCAAUAUUUUAUAUUUAUAUUAAACAUAUCUUUAAUUCUCUUGAAAACAG